UCUCCGGCUGGACAAUUCAAUUGGGUAUCACGCGAAGACAUGCACACACGUAUCUCGGACAAAAGGUCAAAGUUAAGAGAGUCGUUCCCCAUCCGAAUUACAACUUGGGUGUUGCCCACGAUAACGACGUGGCCCUCUUCCAACUGGAGAGUCGUGUUCAGUUUCAUGAACAUCUAAGACCAGUUUGCUUACCGGAUGCUGAUACCGAUCUCAAACCGGGUACUGUAUGCACAGUUAUUGGUUGGGGGAAAAAAGAGGAUACCGAUUCUUCAGAAUAUGAACCAGCUGUAAAUGAAGUCAAAGUGCCAGUCUUGAAUAGAGAAGUAUGUAAUAUAUGGUUGGAGCACAAAGAAUUGAACGUAACCAAUGGAAUGAUUUGUGCUGGUUAUCCUGAAGGUGGUAAAGACGCCUGCCAGGGUGAUUCAGGUGGUCCUCUGCUCUGCCAGGAUCCCACUGAUCAGGAACGGUGGUUUGUUGGUGGUAUCGUCAGUUGGGGUAUAAAGUGUGCUCAUCCCAAGUUACCAGGAGUUUACGCGUACGUUCCAAAAUAUGUACCGUGGAUCCACAAAGAAAUGGCUAAAUAUUCAGAAAAGGAUAAAGGGUAACAUAAAAAGGUCGCCAAGCGACUUGGUAGAACUGGAAAAAAAAGAAAUACCGAUAAAGAACACAAAAAGCAACUUACUAAAUGGCUGGACCUUAUAUUGCAACGCUCUUUUGAAAUUCACCACAAAACGAUGCUAAAAAAAGUUUCGAGAUAAAAAUAUUACAAUACCAACAUAAUGAAAUUUGUGAGUCAUUGGCAUAGCAAAGGAAAUAAGAGAUUUGAAUUGUAACUUGCGUAACAGAACGGAAUGAAUAAGUAGUAUCAUUUCGGAGCACGAUUACAGAAGUUUGCGUCAUUUCGUGAUCCGUAUUAAUGAGAAUUUUAAACUAAGUUAUUCGUGUCAGUUAAUAUUUGUGUGGGACUGCUCUUGCAUAGGAAAUCGUCGGAGUAGGAGAAUUGAUGAGACUCGCAACUUAUAAAAAAAUAGUAUGCGAGGAAAGGAGAAGACGUUGAUGAAUGUUCUUGUUUGUUAAACAAGUUUUGCUUAAAAUGGAAUAUUUCGACGCUCAAUAUUAUGCGUUUUUAAGAUGCCCGGAAGUUUUAAUGGAUAAAAAUGUGAAAUAAUAUAACAGAAUUGAUGAAAAACGGAGUCGUUACGACUAGCACGACGUUGAUGAAAUCAGAAACGGAUGACAAUAAGUCGACAAUACGAAGGAGCCUUCAAAAUGUUUCCACGAAAUGUAAAUAAAGAAAGCUUUUACAUUUUCUGGAAACUUUUUAAAGAUUUCUUGUAAUAUUUCUUAUCGUGUAGUAAUAAGUUAGAAUUAAGAUGUGGUAGAAUUAUUGUAAAGCAGAAGCUUUAAAACAAAAGUCGAGAUCAUAAGAAAUAAGGUGAAAAAAUUUGUUCAUUUAUAUCCAACAGCAGAGAAGUGCUGUUGGGAAAAGACGUUAUUCUUUUCCGACAUGAAGUAGCUUAGAUCUUUUUAUACGAAGCGUUUCUCUAUCAAUUUGCAACUGAAUUAGAUCUCAAAACGUAGAAGGAAGGAAAUACUGUUAAUUUUGUAGUCAUAUGAAUGUUUGUUGUACGAUAUGAAGAAGUAUACUCAUAUACGUCCUUGUUCCGCACCGAUUUCUUCCUUGCGUUCUUCAUUGACUAGACUCCAAAAAUAUACAUUACGUAACGUGAUAGUUGUAUAGUAAAAUCUCUCAAUAACGUAACGCUUGACACCAGCCAUCUCUCGUUAAUGUAAUUUCCCACUUUUUCAAUAACCUCUCCUGCGUUAAAAAAGUGGGGAUAGAACGAAGGAGAAAAUAGAGAAAAUGGGGAUAGAUCAUCACAUUAUUAUGAAAUUUUACGAAGAAAGAAACUUAUGAUUUUGAGAGUUUUACGCUAUUGAGGAUUACGUUGUUGAGAGGUUUUACUUUAUAAGCGUUUUCGGAUAUAUAACUAUUAUAUCACUGUUAUAUACAUUCUACUGCAAAUAUAUAACUAUGACAUUUCAAAGGUUAACAGUUUCUUGAGGAGAUUUAUAACGAGUUUAUGCUUAAUAUGAAAGAAUUCGAAACAUAUUAAAAUACUUGAAUAAUAUUAUACAGGAAGGCCAUUGUGAACGCGCCCACCUCAUCAUAUAGCAAAGUUCAGAUAACAUGCGGUCGUGGCGUUAUUUUCUAGUAAACUGAAUAACUAAAUACUUUUGGUAAUGAAAUGAAUUUAAAUCAAAAAAAAAUUACGCAUAUGAUGCGCCAAAAACAUUUUGUAUGUCACCAAUUUAGAAAUGUCGAAAACCACAUAGUGGUCAUCCUCUCUUCAGGUGUGCAGUCGAAUUCAGAAGACGUCCUUUUCUGAAAUCAGAGUGCACAUUAUGUAACAGUUUUAUCGACUUUUGCUCGAUCGAUUGAUAUCAUUUGCUAAAUCUGAAGUAUAAUAAGUGGACAAUAAUAUGAAAUUUAUAACCAUUAAAAUUGUUUCACUUGUAACUCGAAGAUCGCUUUAACUGCACACCUGAUGUAAUAGAUAUAAUAGAAAAAUUAAUAUUGCAUAAAAUGCGUAACACUAUAAUAUGGGCGUAAAGCUGAAAUGAUCUAGAAAAUAUUUAUAAAUAAAAACUAUAUACAUAUGUUUUAAUAGUAAGUUGAACUAAUAAUGCGUAUACAAUAAUCGUUACUCGGUAGAACUACUGUCACCGUCCGAUAUCAGAUACGUUCCAAAAGGUCAUCUUUUCAUAACUCAUAACGAAAGAUUACCCUAAGUACAGAACUGAUUUCGGACGAUGAAUUUAUGUAUUAUCUGUAAGCAUUACAUAUAAGCUUGUACAAAGACGAUCCACGUGCGAAUAUAAAUCAAAUUAACAGGGUAGAUUAAAAAGAAGUAUUCAUAAAUGCCAUUAAAUACAAACGUGUCCUGUUAGAUUGCUCACAAUUAUUUUCUCAUCGAAAACAGUUGAAAAUUUAAAUCUAGUCUCUUGGAACUAUAGUAAAAUUGUAAUUUACAAAAAAAAACAGUUAGCUAUUUGCAUUUUUUGGAAAUCUGGUAGAGCUUUGUACUCGGAACGUGGACUGCUAUAGGUGUUCGUACUGGAAUUAUAUCGAUUCUGUAACAUCAGAUGCGGAUAGUUCCGAUUCCACUUAUUUAAAUAUUGGUAGCCAAUGUAAUUUAAACUAGUCAAGUUGAAGAUGGAAUAGUAGAGCUUGUAGCCUCUCAGCAUAGCACAUUAGGUGUACUGUUUUACUUACAAAGGGCAGAAACACGUUGACUGAAUUCUAGGGAUAAAUAUAUUGCACCAGCACUUUUUCGAUCCGCACUCUAAUAAAAUAGUUUUUAAACAAAUAUACUUUUUACGAUAUAUUGUUUAUGGAAAAUAGGAGCCUUACUAAUUGACUUAGACUUUUUCUAAGCGAUAAGAUGUCUAGUGGUAUUGUUGGUAACAUCCGCGACAACAAUUUUAAUUUUGCUUAUCUUUAUAGUUUUAUACAAUUAUUACAAAAGUAUUUAUUUAACUAUGCCCACUUUAUGAAACAUGCAAUUGCAAUUUUCUUCCGAUUAAGUUAUACUUUCUUUCACUUUACACGAAUCUUCUUCAUUCCACAGUCUCUUGUUUCAAUUAUGGAACAUAGUUUCAACUAUCUUAACGUUGCGAAGAUAUUCAUUGAUAAAAUGUGCGACGAGUCAUUUUAUUUCUGUGAUUUUCUAUUUUAUGUUUCUUUCAAAGUUCUGCUUGCGUGCUGAAAUGAAUUCUUGAUAAUAACAGUAAUUGGACAAUAAUCGUCUUCCUUAGUAUCCAGGCAACUCUUAGCUGUAAUAAAGAGGGAAAUAAUCUUAAUAAUAACCGACAAUACUGUGUGAGCAGACAAUAAAUAGUUUUAAGAAAUGUUCCAUGAUGGACAAUAAUGUAGAAUUUAAAGUUAGAUUUAACCAUUAAGUAUAAACUGAUAAAUGAUAUGAAAUUAAAUUUAAACCUAUUUUAAAAAAGUCUGGAUUCUGUAAUUUCCGAACUUGGAUAUAUGAAAAGUGCGAGUACAGUACGAAAAUAAUAAGAAAGCUUUUAAAUUCCUAUUAGAAUAUAAAUUUGUCACGGCCCCCUUGACAACAUUUUUUAAUGAAAAUUUUAAUCACAAAUUUAUUUCAAUAUUCAGGAAAAAAUAAUUACUUUCUUUAAUAUUACUGAAAUAAGCAACUUUGCCGGAACUGUCUUGUAUAUAAAGCAUAUGUAUAAUGUAUAAAUAUAUGUAUACUGUACUUUAAGCUUAAAAAUAAGAUUAUAUGAAUAUAUCAUAUACAUAUAUCAAAAUGAAUUUGAAUAAGAACAGAGUAACGUGUGCUAGAAUAAAUAUUAAAUAGUGUCGAUGCUAAAAAUUACGCUUAAUUGUUCUAAUGCUUAAAGAUGUAGCAGGAGUACUUUGAUUGAUAUCCUACAUAUUUCUCUAGCCAAUUGAAUCAGGAAAAAAGUAAAUCAUAUAGCUCUAAUUAAAUGUUGAGUGCGCAGUACAGAAAGCGUAGUAAAUAUAAUUCAUACACUUUUUAAUAUCUCUUUUAUGGCAUGAAGUAAAUAUAUGGAUAUGGAAACAAAUAUAAGGAUAUACGUAUACAGGGUUAUUCAUGAUAAACGCAACGGCUGAAGUUCAUAACGUUAUGAUAUUAACUUUCGUUUUUUUAAUAACAUUACACUGUCCCGAUUGAUGAAAUCUCCUAUUUACGGCUAACUUUAGCUAGUGCACUUGUAGCGAAUAACCCUGUACAUUAACUAAUACGUAUAUUUAAAUGCAUAAGAGACGACGUAAAUAAAACCUAUAGAUAACUAUUAGAGAAACUUUGUUUCAAACAAAGAAAUAUUUGAACUAUGUAGAUAGUGUAUCCGUUUCACUUUUUCGUUUAAUUCCGUUAACAUAGAAGUCAAUAUUGAUAGUCAAUUCGUUAGUAGUUUAUAGGACAACAUAGACCGUGCGAUGAUAAUAUGCCAGAGAAGCGUGAAUAUUACAAGUAAUACUCACUUGUGCUAUGUCAGUCUCAAGUGACAUACUAAAUUUUUAUAGAUAACAUUUAAUUUGAACGUGAAUGAGACAAUUAAAUUUGUAAACGUUCUCGAUGAAAAUAUCAUUAAAAGUAUAAUUAAAAUGCUGCGCACAAAAAUGUAGUGCAUCUAUCCAA